AUGGCUCCGAUCCCAUGGGAAGAGACGGAUCCCUUUAGUAUCUCUAUGUACGCACAGGAGUCGGCGUACUGGAGCAGCUUGCAAGAAAGCGAGGCGCUGAUGCGCUUGUGCUCCGAGCUGUCGAAUGAGACUGGAAGGCGUGAGGUAGUAGAAGGCUGCAUCGAGCGACUUUGCAAGCUUUGCUGGGCAGAGGCUAUAGAGGCCGUAGACUGCCACACCUUGCUGAUCGCAGCAAGAGCUGAAGUCGAUCACUUGAAGCGGCGACUAUCCCAAGUCAAUCUCAUGAAUGUGAAGCAUAUGGUAGCACAGGAUGCUGUUGACGCACCAUCAAGGUCCUCGCUUGAGUCUCCUUCGAUGGAGGACAUGGGUCAGGAUCAGAAGGAUUUGGUCUAUGGCCUUGUUUGGGAAAAGAUUCGAGAGUUGAGAGAUCCUACAGAAGAUGCCUCAGCGACCAUUUUGGCCUUGCAAGACUAUGCCGCGCAGUGCGGGCUCUUUGCAGGCUACGGUGCCGAGACCGAGGAUGUGGGUAUCAACACGGAGGUUGAGCUUAGCGAUGUCUUUCAGAGGUGUGAGGAGUUACAGCUGUCUGUCUCCAAUGGCGAAGCUAAGCUCCUGCAACUGCGCUGUGACUUUCUUCGCUUGGAGGACAAGCUGGCUGAAUCCACCGUGGAAGUGCAAGUGACCAAGGAGCACCUGGAUGAAGCCUUACAGCAGCUGGAUGAGUGCAAGUCGGGGGAGGCCCUCCUCAGGAAGGCGUUUGAGACGCUUCAAGAGGAGCACAAGAUGCAGCUCAAGGCUCAUGAAGAUUCACGCCAAGAGGUAACGCUCUUGCAGUCCGAACUUCUGCGAAUACGGGAGGGGCAGGUGAGAGGGCUGACCCGGAGGCCUUCCGCGAGCCGUCGGCUUCAUGAUAGUCGGCCACCGUCCUCACCUUUGCCGUUGUUACAAGGGCCUGUAAGCUAUUCGGACGCCACUCUGGAGGAACCGUCUCCAGGUUUCACGGUGAACCGAAGAGCCAAGGUGUCCACAUCGCUCCCCUCCCUGCAACGUGGAGACUCAGCAGGUGCUCAAAGCUCCUUGUUACCUCGUAGCAAGAGGCCUUUCGUCAUGUAG